CGAUACUGUGUCCACGAGAUGGCACCAGUCAGAAGAAAAUUAACUUAUAACAUAUUUCAAAAUGUAGGCUACCUUAACCCGUAGAUAUCAGCCCAUAGUUAGUAAAAACACACUGGAUGCGCCUGUUUAAAUCCACACAUCGAAGGUUCGUGGGACGAUAUCAGCCGAACCGAAACAGGCCAGGUGUUUAUAGGGCAGGUUGGAGAGGUAGGUAGGCUGUCGGGUUAUGCAAUAGGCGAGGUAGUAAACACCGCCCAUCAGGUGCGUAGUCUACAAGGGUGACUCAUAUUUUCACCACCGAAGAGAAGAUUCACAAAAAAAGGCUCUUUUUUCAUGAAUCCGUUUAAUAAAUGUACAUGAAGGGACUUUUACAGAGGAAUUAACCGGCCGCAGUUAAGAAAGGAUCAAUGUUUCAUCCUAUGUAUCGGAUAUGGCCUCUGCUUCUCCUGGGAGGAUUUGUGGUGCCAGGGGUGCGACGUGUCAGUGGAAUAGAGAUUUACACCCCGAAAGAAGUGGAAGCAGUCAAUGGGACAGACGUGAAGCUGAAGUGUACUUUCACUUCCACAGACCCAGUGUCGCCUCAGUCCGUCACCGUUUCCUGGCUCUUCCGACCCAUAAAUUCAGGAUCGGAUGAGUCGGUGUUUUACUACCAGGACAAAUCAUACCCUGUCACGCAGGGGCGUUUUAAAGACCACGCAGUGUGGUCGGGAGAUAUUAUGAGACGGGAUGUUUCCAUCACCCUGCUCAAUGUGCCUCCAACCUUUAAUGGCACCUACAUCUGCCAGGUGCGCAACCCUCCAGAUGUGCACGGCAGCAACGGAGAGAUCUUCCUCAAAGUCGUCAACAAAGUUUCCCUCUCUGAGAUCAGCAUCCUGGCAGCGGCAGUUGGAGGCAGCUGUGCUGUAAUCCUGAUCCUCCUCGGUAUCUUCGUGGCGGUGAAGUUCUACAGGAGAAAGCACAUGGAACCCGACACUGAGCUGCAACUGCGGGAAAAUGUGUGGAAGGACCCGGCUGUGUUGUAAGGGCCAGAGAGCCGAAGCUCCUCUUCUUCUCGUGUUGAGUCCGAUUGGCUGUUUGUGUCCACUCUGCUGAAAAAUAGAAAUUUGAGGGUAGGCAGGCAUCUUGUUCUAUUUUUGCUUCUCCAAUGUGAACCUCAAAGAUAUUAUUGUAGUUUGUUUCCCUCAGCAUUAGAGAUUUAAUGUACCACCCUCCCAUUUGUUGUACUUUAUACCCUUUUUAUAUGUUUUUUUUACCAAAAGUUCCCAGUUAUUGUAAUUACUAAGGUAAUUUUAUUGAGAGUUUUUUUAACUGUAGAGUAGGAGAUAUUGAAGGCCCUCUGAUGGUAGUACGUAGGGCCUUUUCUAACUACAUGCUGUUCUUGGAGCCUGUUCAUUGAUCUCAAUUCACAGCUGUAGUACUGACUGCACCAAAUUUGUUCUUUUAUGUAAUCAUGGAAUUUCUUUUAAAUGUUAGUUAUUUAAUGAUGUGUUUUAUGGAAUUAUGCUGUAACCGAUUUUGAAUUUGCAAAUACCGGGGGAAGAAUUUUAGAACCAGAGAAACAUGAACUGAUUUUGGUGGAGAAAUGUUCAUGAAUUUAUGUUUUGGUCGUCUUUGUCCACGGAAGGAAGCAGUACUUCAAUCCUCUGUGGUUGCUCCAGCGGUGGAGCCAUGGUAUUGAAGUCCCGCUCAUUAAACCAUCCUGACUAAUUUAAUCACAGCUGUCAAUCAUGACUUUUCAUCCCGUUUUUAUAGCAUUAAAUGACUAAUAUAAACCAAACUUAUCUGAAAAAUGAACACUUGAACAAACUGUGUGAUAAGAACUAUCUAAAAUGAAAGAAGCUAUAUUUGGCUUAACGUGCACUUUGAUUUUUUUAGUUUGGCCCAUGUCCCAUCUGCUGACAUAGAGGGGGCGGGAUAUAUGACCUAUACUGCAAUGAUAUUGGUGGUGAUGAUUCACACUCAAUUGAUUAGAGUCGUCUUUCCUGUUAGAACAUCAGCCUUUUUUCUUUUCAUUAACAUGAUUUAAACAGAUGACAUGUUUUUAUUAUAAUUUUCAGAAUUCAGUGAAGUUAUGGUUGCUGAAUUACAGCAUACAUUAAAGUUCAUGUUAAGAGUACUCCACUGAUUUAGCAUUACACUCCUAUAAUAUUGUCAGACUCCCGAUGGACAGUUUUUAAAAAAGCAUCAAAAUCGAUGCAUACAUUCUUCACUGUCACAACCUGCCUCUUACAUUAUUACCCACAAUGCAACUCGACUGCAGAUUUGGGUGUGUUGCUACUAGAGGCUAAUGUAGCCUCAAGCUUCUGGCCUCAGGCAGUGACUCCAUAAUCCCAGAUUCUUUUCAUUUUCAAACUUGUAGUCUUCAGCCCCAACCGAUGCUGACUCAAGUGACAUCAUGUGAGGCAAUUGAUCAGACUGCGCAGCUCCUCUGGAGCCACAUAAAGUUUUAUAUAACGGUUUUUACAUAAGUUACUCCCCAACACCUGUAAACUCUGAUGUGUAAAUCGGGGGAUUUCCCCUUUCAUUUCUAUGUGUUUUAUAGAUGUAAGUUUGUUUUAUGUGACUGCUGUAACUUUGCUUCUUUGUGCUAAUUUGACUGGAUUUCCAUACAGCUGCUGCUGAAAACCUACUGCCUUCAAUCAAUGUUGUGAAAACUCGUGAAUUUUCAAUGUCGAAUAAAUGUCGACUAUAGAUUUUCAAAGAGAAGAGCCAGCUUAAUUUGGCUCUUUGCUGAAAGCACCCCAUACCAGUGCAGACAGUGUUUUUUCAACAUUGGUGUUGCCACCAGAUAUUUCUCCUGUUCAAUUUCCAAAAGCAUCAGCCAACACAGACAAUUUUUGCUGCCAGAAAGUCCGCCAUGACAUUUAUGAGUGAUAAACAAAGCCAGAUUUUUACUACAUUGGCAACAUUGUACAAGUGAUUUUGUAUUAAGAAACUGUACAUAUUGUAAAAUAAGAAAAACUUUACAUUUUUUUUUUAAACAUUGAAGUGUCAUAUCUUUAUUAAGCAACUCUGAAAUAAAGAACUGUUUUUGAAAUUAUAAAGUUGCAUCAAGUG